AUGCUAAUUGCUGCUUUAUUUUUAGUACCAUGGUGGACAUCGCAAAGAUUUUUCCUCGCGAUCAUUUGUUUCUGUGGGUUUGCUUCUCUCUACGGUCAAAGAGUAAACCUCAGCAUAGCUAUAGUAUCUAUGGUUUCUAAUGACUUGGAAAAAUACCAGUUUGUCUCCCAUCCGGGAGAAUUUCUCUGGAAUAAAGAACUUCAAGGGUUGAUACUUGGAUCUUUUUUCUGGGGUUAUCUUCUCCUACAAGUUCCCGGAGGAUGGCUAAGUGAGAAAUUCGGUGCUAAAAAAGUAAUAGCUCUAGGCAUGUUCCCAGUAGCCGUACUGUCAAUUCUUACUCCAGUCUGUGCCAGGACUAAUCCUUAUUUAUUAAUAGUAUUAAGGAUAAUACUUGGAAUAGGUGAGGUCGUCAUGUAUCCUGCCGCACAAGCUCUAUGGGCCAACUGGUCACCCCCUAAUGAAAGAAGUCGUCUAAUUGGUCUUUCCUACGCAGGAGGACAGUUCGGCAAUGCUUUGAUAUUUCCUAUAGGUGGAUUCUUGUCGCAUUAUGGAUUUGACGGCGGAUGGCCUUCUGUAUUUUAUGUAAUUGGUUGCCUGUCUUUCAUAUGGGUAGUAUUUUGGUGUAUUUUUGUGCAUGAUUCACCAAAUGAGUGUAAAAGAAUAACAGCGGUAGAAAAACGGUAUAUAGAAGCUAGUUUACAUGUCAACAAAAAUAUUAAUAAAAGGGAUCAAAAAACCCCAUGGAAGAAAAUAUUUACAUCUAAAGCAGUCUGGGCUAUUAUAAUUGGUCAUGUUUGUGGUAAUUAUGGAAUCUAUAUGUUACUGACACAGCUACCUAGUUAUAUGAAAGAAGUGUUAAAAUUCGAUAUUAAAUCGAAUGGUCUCUUUUCGAUGUUGCCGUAUUUGUGUUUUUGGUUUAUGAUAAUUGUAUCUGGGAAUAUAGCUGACUUCAUGAUCAGAAAGAAAUAUUUCUCAGUGGCCACAACAAGGAAAAUAUUUUCAGCUCUAGGCACGGUAUGUCCUGGGAUAUUUCUGAUUGGUACAAGUUUUAUGGAAUGCGAUCAACAAAUAGAAGCUGUGGUUAUGGUAACGUUAGCUGUAGGGAUGUGUGGAUUUCAUUUUAGUGGCUUCUUCAUAAACCAUAGUGAUAUAGCUCCACGAUUUGCUGGUACAUUAUUUGGUAUAUCAAAUACUGCCGCCACAAUUCCUGGUAUAUUAGCUCCUUACAUUGUGGGUGCUUUAACUAAAAACGGUACUCGAGAAGAGUGGCAAACAACCUUUUACAUAGCUGCUGGUGUUUAUUUUUUUGGAGCUGUAUUUUACGCUUUGACGGGGGAAGGAGAAGUACAAGAUUGGGCUAUGAUACCAGCAAGUGAGGAUACAGAUGUCUCAGAAUUAACAACUUUCAAACAAACACCAAGUACACUCAAAGGCGACGAUACUCAAACGUUACAUAAUGGAGUAAAGUCAGUUUAA